GUGUGGAGCCUUCUUUAUAAAUGUGCGUACACUCUGGCUGUUGUUAUUUGCUAAUCUCAUUUUCUUGAGUAAAAUUUUGAAUGAGCAGGUAGGAGGGUGUGCCUUAAUUUUCCCUCUGGUUUCAGCUAUGGGUACGGGAGGUUUUCUUUAACAGUAGCUUUGCAAAAUAGAUGCACAGUAGAACAAUCCCUUAAAUAAAGGCCUUCAUUUCCCUUUGCCUUUUUGAAAUAAUUGCUAGUCAGUUCAGGACGAUGCUUUAUUUUAUGACAGUCUAGCCUUGCUCACACACAGCUGUCAGGAUGGAUCAACUGAAAAUCCAUUUUUUCAGUACUGGUAACAAUUUCUCUUUUCAGCUAGAUCUUCACGCCUUCCCUGAGAUCAGUCUUUGGUCUGGCUCCCAUGCAAUGUCACUGACUCUGAAUAUUUGCCCCACAGCUCUCCCAUUCACUGCUAUGUCCACACCACUGGAGGAUGCGAUGGACACCUUGAUCAGGAUUUUCCAUCACUACUCUGGCAAAGAAGGAGACAGAUACAAGCUCAGUAAAGGAGAACUCAAGGAGCUCCUCACCAGUGAGCUCACUGACUUUCUUUCAGGCCAAAAGGACUCCCUUCUGGUUGAUAAGAUCAUGAAAGAUCUGGACUCCAACAAGGACAACGAAGUGGAUUUUAAUGAAUUUGUCAUUCUGGUUGCUGCGUUGACUGUGGCAUGCAAUGAUUUCGUCGAAGAACAGCUAAAGAAAGAGGGAUUUUAAAAGUGCUCAAUACAGUCUAUCUGCUGGCCACAAAUGUGAGCAAAGCACACAUAGUUAUGUCCCUCCUCAGGAUUUAGUGAAAGCAAACCAUCAUCUGUCCAACUGUUACUGCUCUAAGACACUUACAAGGCAGAUCACCAACUGGUGUAAGCCGAACCAAAGCCAGUUUACACUACUUAAGAUCUGACUUUUAAUAUUUUCCGUCUUUGUACUGCAUGCAUCUGUAACAUGAAUUAAUCAGUUGCCCAGGUCAAGGGCUUGGGGUGACAGAUCAUUUGGCAGGAGUUGAGACAUGUAUUUCUUAAAUGUCACUGGGAAGUAAAAGGCAGAGGGAUGUUACUUGUACACUUUCUGAAUUGAAAAAUUUGGAAUGAGGCUUAAAACUUGCAAUUUAGUUUUCAGUCAUUCUGUAACAACCAUAUGUUUGCAGCUCAAAAAGAGCAGCUUGUUUUUUGCUCAGCUCUGCUUAUUCUAAAGCCCUUUUUAGAUGCAGCUCCAUAACUCCUCACACUCUUAUUUUUCAGAUGUGGUCACAGCUGUCUCCUGUCGCCUGAGCAGACAGUACCACUUGCCAUUGUUAUGGCUUCAUUUCCCCCACCUCCCCAGCUUCAAAUUUGUUGUGUUGGCGUUACUGCAUCCCAGUUGUCCACCUCUUCAUUUGCACAAAUGAAUUUAUUCAUAUGAUAAUUUAUUCAAAUACAUAGAAAAUUUAGUCUGCAAACUGCUCCAAGGGCUGAUGGAGGGACUGGGUCUUAAGGGGAAAUGUAAAUGCCUUCUGCUUUCACUAUUCUGGCACCAUUAAGAAGAGGGCUUUUAAAGGACCACUUGUGGGGGAUUUAAUGAUCGGAUUCUAGCACACAGCUUUGUGGUGUGAGUCAUCUUACGGAACAAUGAUUUCACCUCACGUUGAUCCAACCCGCUGUGUGCAAAAGGGGCAGUGGGACCCCAUGGCCAGGUGUGGAGAGAGUAGGACAAAGUGUGAACUUGCUUUUGGGUUGCAUUAAGAGUACUUCUACACUCCUGUUUGAAUUAAGCAUACUUCAAAAGCCUUGUGAAUCCUCAGCAGCAGGGUGUCAUAGCUUUUUUCUUGCAGAGCUCUCUUUGUUCUUUGUUAUUUUGUUGAUAACUUCAAACUAUAAUAAAAGGCAUCUGAAUUAAAUGAAGAUUUUCUGUUUGGUAAGAGGUU